AUGGCCAUGUCUACAACUCAAGCUCGCCGAAAUCUUUUCUCGGUCCCUUUUUACAACGAAUGCAUCCACGUAACAGUAACAAAAGAGGCCCGACAAGUACAUGAAUGGAUUCUUUCGAUAUGCAGUAUUCACAUCGAUUUCCCGAAGAAUCUUUUAAUAGGUCUUGAUACCGAGUGGCUGCCAAAUCUAAACCCAGGCGAAAACCACCCUAUUGCUAUACUCCAACUCAGCAUCGGCAACCGGUGCCUCAUCUUUCAACUUCUUCACGCAGACUUUAUUCCGGUUUCGCUCCACGCCUUCUUAGCCGAUCCUCGCCACACGUUUUGUGGGGUCGGUAUCAAAGAUGACGUGGACAAAUUAUACGAUCAUCAUAAAUUACGCGUGAGAAAAAUCGCGGACCUGAACGAUCUUGCAAGACUGGCGACGAUCAACAGCCAAAGUGGAAAUGGAAGGUACAAAUACAUGGGAUUGAAGAAGAUGGCGUAUGCGGUUCUUGGAAAGAAGAUGGAGAAGCCAUUGAACGUGACGCUCAGUAAGUGGGACGCUGUGGAGCUCGAUCGUGAUCAAAUUGAAUAUGCAGCCAUUGAUGCGGUAGUUUCUUACCAACUUGGUUAUACAAUGUGCUCGCCGAUUUAUCGUCCGCAGCCAGGCUUUAUCGUAGUUGGACGACCUGGAAUGUUAUUAGUUUAG